AUGCGCCAGUCGCGGCGUCGGACUCCCAAGCGCGAGCUUGCCAACCUGGACCAGGAGAGCCUGGACCUCAGCAGCCCUCGCGCCUGCAGGUCCUCGGCGGCGCGCCUCGCCGCCGAGUCCGGCGCUGCGGGACUGGGCGGCCGCCCUAGGCCCGGCGAGGCCGGGGGCGCCGCCAUGCCCGCACAAGCGCCCGACAGCACCCCGGCUCAGUCAAAGUCCCGCAGGGGCAGCUCGCCUGUCAGGCUGCGGCAGUCCGUCCUGUCCCUGUCGGCUGCCAGGCUGGGCGUCCAGAGGGAUGCCUCAGAGGCUGGGCCGGACGACGCAAGACUGAGUGCUGGCGGAGACCCCCCCGCUGUGCCUGAGGCGACACGGGAGGCGGCCCCGGAGGCCAGCGAGGCCCCGAGGUCUGCAGGCAGCGCGCCGCGCAAGCGCCAGCGAGACGGCUGCGAGAUGGAGGGCCUGCUGGCCGCCGCGGCGGAGGCCCGGACCGUGGGCGACCUGACGGGGCGGGUGCUGGCCCUGUUCCCUGCCAGCCGGGGGAGCGCCAGGAAGGCGGCGACGUUCAAGGAGAUGCAUGCCACCCUGUGCCCUGGCCAGAGCUUCACGAGCCGCGCCACCGCGCUCCCGGCCAUGGUCCGGUCGCUAUGGACCCUGGCGGGGAAGGACGGCGCCGAGGGGGAAGCCAGUGUCCACGCCGGGCAGGAGCUGGCGUCUGACCAGCACCUGGAGACUGCGGGUCCCAAGAGCAAAGUCGACGAGCCGCUCUCCGCCGCCAGCGGCCACGCACAUGGCGCGGCGGAAGGCAGCGAGGCGGGCGUCACAGUCGUCGCCGAGCAGCCGCUGCGAGGGCCUGCAGGCAUCGUUCAGCCAGAACUGAAGGAGGAGGCAAAGUCGGGGCUGGAGGCGGCCCUCCUCGUCCCCGACAGCCUGGCGCACCACCCCGAGGGCCUGGUGCGUCUGGCCUGGGAAGUGCGUGACGCGCUCGGGCUGGGCCGCGGCCAGGCUGCACACCUCCGCACGCUGAUGCGCACGGGGCUGCUGGCGGGGCGGUCGGUGCGCUUCCAGACCAAGAACGGGCGCGUGCUGCUGACGGGGCGCGUGGACGGCGCGGGGCAGGUGGUCUGCGGCUGCCGCGCCUGCGCCGGCGCGGCCUGCGUCUCGCCCUCCGAGUUCGAGGAGCACAGCGGCAGCCGCGACCGUCGCCCCGCCGACGGCAUCUUCCUGGACGACUUUGACGUGUCCAUCAAGACCCUGCUGGGCAUCGUGAACAGCGCCGAGCUGGCGGCGGCGGCCGCCGACCUGCACGCCGACGCCUGCCACGCCUGCGCCCUCGGCGGCGACCUGCUCUGCUGCGACGCCUGCACCUCCGCCUGGCACCUGGCCUGCGCGGAGCUGGACGCCGUGCCCCCCGGCGACUGGCUCUGCCGCCUCUGCGUCGCCGACGGCGGCACCGGGGGCCGUGGCGGAGGCGUGCGCCCGACGGCGCCCGACCACGUCCCCGGCCGCGUGCGCAUGGCGGCGCCCUCCCGCGACUUCCGCGUGGCCGGCGCGCGCGGCGUGCGCAACCAGAACAAGCACCGCCGGCUGUUCGAGGGGGGCGAGGGCGCGCUGCGCCAGGGCGACGCGCUGUCCUACCAGACCGCGCAGGGGGAGGUGCUCCUGCGCGGCACCGCGGUGGUCUCUGCCAUGGGGCCCUCCGGCAUCCUCUGCGACUGCUGCGGCGCCGUCGUGUCCUGCUCCCAGUUCGAGGCGCACGCCGGCCGCGCGCAGCGGCGCCAGCCGUACGAGAACAUCUACACCGCCGACGGCAUCCCGCUCAAGCAGCUGGCCCUCCUCCUGCCGGACCUGGAAGAGGGGGGGGAGGACGCGGGGGCCGAGGACGACGCGGGCGAGGGGCACAUCGUGAUGGCAGAGGAUGGCGCGACGGGGGGCUGCGUGCUGUGCCACGAGCCCGACUUCCAGCGUGGCGGCUUCGGCCCGCGAACCAUCAUGAUCUGUGACCAGUGCGAGCGCGAGUUCCACGUGGGCUGCCUGGCCGACGCGGGCCUGGCUCACCUCGACGCCCUGCCUGAAGGCGAGUGGUUUUGCAGCGGGGAGUGCAGCGCCAUCCAUGCCCGCCUGCGCGCCCGGGUGGAGGAGGGCGUGGUGGACAUCCCGGGGCACCCGCAGCACAGCUGGCAGGUGCUGCGAGGGAAGGACGGCCGCGUAGCCAGCGCUUGGGCCCUGCGCGCCGCGCAGGAGGUGCUGCAGGAGUCCUUUGACCCCAUCGUGGACAUGGUCACGGGGGCGGACCUGCUGCCGCUCAUGCUGCAUGCACGCAGCCACCGUGAGUGGGACUAUAAAGGCAUGCACACACUGCUCCUCCGGCACAAGGGCAAGCCUGUGGUGUCGGCCAUCGUGCGCGUGCUUGGCCCCGGCGCGGCGGAGCUGCCGCUGAUCGCCACACGCUUCGCGGCGCGGCGCCAGGGCCACGCCCGUGUGCUGGUGGACGCCUUCUGCGCUUUCCUGGCGGAUGCGGGGGUGCACCGCCUGGUGCUGCCCGCCGCGCAUGAGACGGUGCUAACAUGGCAGCACGGCUUUGGCAUGGCACACAUGCCGGAGGAGGCGCUGCGCCUGUACCGCCACCAGCUGCACAUCCUGGUGUUCCCCGGGACGGAGGUGCUGUGGAAGACGCUGCCGGGCACCGCCGCCCCCGCCGCCCACCACACGUUGCACGCUCGCCCCGAUCCGGCCGUGCACACGGUGGCGGCGGUGCUGGCCGGCAUCGUGGCUGCGGUGGAGGGUGAGCACGUCGCGCGAGAGGUGGCCGCCGUCGUGGCUGAGCUGGUGCAGGCCGCGGUGGAGGGGGUUGGGGGAGAGGAUCAGCCGGGUCCUAGGGAGGCGGUGCGAGGGGGUGUCGGCAGCGCCAAGGACCCCACGCGUGCCCUACUGGGCUUGGAGGACGAGGGCCGGGUGCCGCUGACGGUGGCAACGGGGACGCCGCUGGCACCUGCUGCGGGCCCGCGGCCGGCCUGCGAGACGGUGCCAGCCCCGACUGCCCCGGUGCCGGCGUCGCCGGCCGAACUUGCAGAGGAGAGGGAGCGGCAGCGGGUGCAUUCCGCCACGCCCCUCACGGGGGCGACUACCCCCGCUGCGGGGGGUGGCGCCAUGCUGCCCCUCGGUGACGUCCUGCCCGGGUUUGCGGCGUGCAGCACGCCCAUCAAUGUCGCCUGA